AUGAUGACACUGGAUGCCUGGAAAUAUUCUUUGCUGUUUCUAUUGACAACCACCUACUACAAUACAAUAAUCUCAGCUUUAUUUUAUCAUGAGCAUGUGAUACCGUCAUCGGAAAAACGUUUAAUUAAACAAUUAAUUGAUAAUUAUGAAAAAGCUGGUAAAAUUGGACGUCCAGUAAAAAAUACAAAAGAUCGUGUAGUUGUUGGUUAUGGACUGUCAUUAUUUCAAUUAUUAGAUUUAGAUGAGAAAAAUCAAAUAUUAACAAUAAAUGUUUGGGCAAAAUAUACAUGGAUUGACCAGUUACUUCGUUGGGAUCCAGCUAAUUAUUCAAAUAUACGUGAAGUACGAAUUCCACCAAGUGUGAUAUGGACACCAGAUAUUGUACUUUAUAAUUAUGCUGAUGAACGUUUAAAAGAGAAACGUGAUGUUAUGUUAAAUGUUGAUUAUAUGGGUCGAGUAUUUUGGAGUCCACCAGCUAUAUUCAAAUCAAAUUGUCCAAUUGAUAUAAAGAAUUUUCCAUUUGAUUAUCAACAUUGUUUUUUAAAAUUUGCAUCAUGGACAUAUAACAGUGAACAAUUAGAUUUACAAUUUUUAGACAAUCGUACUGAAGUUGAUAUAGAUCAGUAUACAUCAAGUAAUGAAUGGUCACUUGUGGCUAGACCAGCAUAUCGUUUUGUUAUGUUAUCUGAUGAAUGCGGUAAAGAAAUACCAGAUUUAACAUUUUUCUUAUUCUUAAAACGUAAUCCUGCUUUCUAUGGAUAUUUAUUAGUUUUUCCAUGUGUAUUAUUGAGUGUGAUUACAACAGUGAUAUUUUGGCUACCUCCACAAAUACCAGCUAAAAUGAUUCUUAGUAUGAAUAUAUUUGUGGCAUUUUCAUUGUUAUUAAAAAUACUUGCUGUUUCUACACCAUCGGCUUCAACAAUAGUACCUUAUUUGGGUUACUUUUAUUGUUUAAAUAUGACACUGCUUAGUUUGUCGACAUUUGCUUCCACAAUUGUUGUCCAUUUACACUUUCAACGAGUAAAAUCAAAACACGUACCACCAUGGCUUAUAAAGGUGGUCAGAUUUUUCGCUACAUUGUUACAUGUUUCAAAAUUGGAACCACCUGCAGUGGCGGAUGCCAAUCAAAAAUUGAGUGCUGUUGAAGCACAAAUUAAAAAUGCCAAAAUGAAACAAAGUGUUAAAUCAGAAAACCUACUUGAUACGUGGUCAUCCAACCAACAAUUACCACCAUCAAAUCCGCAGUCAAAUUUGAUCCAUUCUGUUGGUGUAGAAACACAAUGGGAUUACAAUAAGAUUUCAUCUCCUGAAGAGUAUCUUUUAAACUCUAACGAAUUAUCUGUCCUACAAAAGCAACAACUUUCAAUGCUAUCAGAUGGUUCACGAAUAUCCUAUUGCACUGGUGUGAAUGGCUGCCAGUUUUCAAGUCAUCACUAUCCGAACCAAAACUAUCUACAACAUAAAAGUAUUCCAUGGGGUGAUUAUGCCAUGAAUCAGUCAAAGGAAUCUGGAACAGCUAAGAUACAUGAUAAAAUGCUUAAAAAAUUCCAACAAUCUAAACAACAAUCAAGAAGAUCUACAAUUAAACUUGAGUUCAAUUUAGGUGACUUAUGCAAUGCAUUAAAACAAUUGAUGCUAAAAAUAGCUAAAAAAGAUGAAAUAGCUCAACGUGAUCGUGAAUGGAGGAAAAGCAAAAGUCUAGAAUGUGGCGCAGUGCCCAGAUCAAAUGAAAGAAGUGACGCAUGUGAAAGACAUGAUGCAGUUAGCUCGUUUAACUGUGAACAACUACCUUCACCAAACGUUCCGAAAUCGCGUUGUGUACAAUUCGCUCCAUUGAACAACUGCUGUGAUAGUAUUAAUCGUCUUUCAGAUUCAGAUGAAGUUAUACCAAAGCCUAACAGACCUUCACAACACCGCACGCGUUUUCUUGACCCUCCGACAAAUAUUGAUAUACCAUCUACAUAUCACCCAGUACCGAAAUAUCCCUCUGAAGAUGAAUCCAAGAGAAAUCUUACUUAUACCGCCAUGGAUUUGAUAGAAAGGAGGAGAUUUCAGGAAUCAUUUUUACAUUUACAUGAAUUUUACCGCAAAAACUAUCCACUUGAUAGUGAACUGGUAAUUGAGUUAAGAACUUUGCGUGGAGUCUAUGAGCAUACAGGUGGUCAUAAUCUAGCUCUUAUGGCCGCUCUUGAAAAUACGCUUGAUGAAGCCUUGAAAGUGGAAAAAGAUAGAAGAUUAACGAUGCUGGACGACGUCAACAAGCCCAAUAAGCCUGAUUAUUUUUCACCUCAAUAUGAGAGAGAUUAUCGUUGGCAAGCAGCAAUACGAGCUUAUGAAAUUGAACAAGCUAAUAGAGAAUUUCGUUUAAUACAAUCAGAAUUAGAACGACUUAAAGCUUUACAAUCAGAAAGACGAAAUCAACAACAAUAA